AUGCACCUGGACCUGCAAAGCGCACAUUUUGGAGUCUCCAAACUACAUGACGGGCUGGAUCUAGAAAUGUUCGCGCACCAAGUCGAAAGCGCACCGGCAAUUGAUGAUUUCCGGACUAUCCAGGACGCGUGGAUCGUCCGUGACCGUAUCUUCAUUCAGUUCUGCAUGUUUGGUUCUCUCUGUGAGUCGUUCUCUGCAGAUGAGAUAUCCGCGAACUAUAGCGUAUUAUGUACGGAGCAGAGGAAACAGCAGGCGCAGCUGGCUGGUUUUGCGGCGGCGCUGGAUCGCUUUGAGGAGGCGAGCCUUCGUCACAGAUGUCUUACGCCGAAGGAGCAAAGGGCCAUGGCAAUCCUACGUAUGCAUCAUGCGGCGCUUUCCGUCGUUACGGAUAUAUGCUUGAUAAAGUGUAGCGAAACUAUCCGUAGUAUCUCCACGGAACGCUUCAAUAAUGUUGUCGAUCAAGCGAAGAGCAUCACGACCAGUUUGAAGGAGAUUGCACCCCGAAGCACACCUCGCCGUCCCACACUUCUGAUGGAGACAGGUACCAUAGCACCCCUGUUCUUCGUCAUCGCAAAAUGUGAUAAUCCGGGAGUUCGCCAGAGAGCACUGAAGGUCCUGAAGUCAUGGCCGCACCGAGAAGGCUUGUGGGAUUCCCAACUGGCCGCAACGUUGGCUCGUCAGAUGAUGUUUGCCGAGGCACGGUAG